CAAAGGCAUAGUUCACGUCAGCUUGUUCACGUAAGGGUAGUGGGAGGGUUCAGUCAGUUGAGAAACCAAUGUAAGUAGUGACAGUCAACACUUGUAAAUUCUUAGCAAAAUAUUGAAUAUGAAGCGCUCUUGCUACAGUUUGACUUUCAUUGGUAAGGAGUAGCUAAAGUGCUAGAUAGAUAGAGAACUAGUGCAUUGAGAAUUCCCCGUUUCUUGAAUAAAUCAUCUCACGUUAGCUUAGCUAGCUAGCUACUGUAGCUCAGGAACUUAGCUGGCUGGAUAGCUGGCUCUAUCGUUAUCUGGAAACUUGGGCAAAGAUUGGGAACGAUUUCGAGGUGAAGGCCAGACGACACAGGUACAACGCUUUUUUUUAGGGAAUGCCAGAAAUAUCUAGUUACGGUGACGGGGCUGUAUCUGUAUGUCUGUGUUUUUGGGAGGCCAACCCAGCCUGCUGUCAUUGUGUGCGUAUACGGCUUGUUAUUAUUGGCUAUUGGUAGCUAGCCUCCCAGCAGCUAAUCCAGCUAGCUACCGUUAGUUGGCUAAUGUAAACAUCAGUCGCAAUGGCUAGUAUUAGGAAGGAAUUGUGUGUACAUAGCUAUCUGAAGACCGCCACUUGGCUAGCUGAGAUAUAACCAGUUGACGUUCUAGUUAGCUAACAGUUAUGUUUCAGUAUUUAAACCUCAAAACACUUGGGAACCCCUCAUCUAUUUAGGAGGUGUACAUUACUCCAGUGUCCAUUGAUGUCCGUUCUAUUCAAUUUCUCAAGUUGCAGCCCAUUCCUAGAGACUGUGCAGAUGCCAUCUGACCUUUGACCCUGCACCUCUAGUCCGUGCUCAAUGACUUGCUGUGAGGCCAUGUCUGCUGUGAACAUCACCAGAGACAUCCUGCACAGGCAGAUCAGGGUGAGUCCAACGUUUUAAGCCCCUGUUUUUAUGAAAUACUGUACUAUUUUACCCAAACAAACCGACCUAGUUAAUUCCCACAGAAUUUAAAAUUUGACUUUGACCUGAAUUUUCAUAUUUCGUUUUCUGGAUAAAAAAAUCAACAACCCUCAAAUGCAAUCUGCAUUGCAAUCUAUUCAGUAAUGAACACUAGUACACUGAAAUGCUUUAAUUAUGUUGGACAGAGUGAGACAGGAGAUUUUGGGGGGAGACAGGUGAUGUUUUGCCUUAAUGUCUGCAGGACAAAAGAGCAUUGGGCUUCCAAAGGCAGUAUCAUGUCACGGACCCCUUCAUCAAUAGACUUGGACUGGAGGCAGAGCUGCAGGUGAUUUGUUUGUGUGUGUGUGUGUGUGUGUGUGUGUGUGUGUGUGUGUGUUUCUGCACACAUUCAGCAUUAACAUCUUUGCCAAUCUGACUGUAUCUGUUGUGUCAACAGGGCCACACUGGGUGUGUCAACUGCCUAGAAUGGAAUGAACGGGGAGAGUAGGUCCUGAGCUGAAACCAGGGUUCUAUUUACUGACCAUAUUUACCACGUCUACAUUUAUGUUGGCCUAUCUGUAAUGUUUGCUCUUGUUCUAUGCAGUCUGCUGGCAUCGGGCUCAGAUGACCAACAUUGCAUAAUCUGGGACCCCUUCAAACACAAGAAGCUCACCACUAUGCACACAGGGCAUGCAGCAAACAUCUUCUCUGUGAAGGUAAAAACAUAAACUGCUUGAUGGGGAAAGUCUGUGUGUAGAAAUGAAGCUUCUUUCUUAUUGUUUCUUAUUUUAUUCUCGUUUUUUUCCCGUCCCCCCCUUUGCAGUUUCUCCCUCACUCAGGUGACCGUAUCCUAGUGACGGGUGCAGCAGACACCAAGGUUCACGUGCAUGAUGUGUCAGUCAAGGAGACCAUCCACAUGUUCUCCGACCACACCAACCGUGUCAAGCGCAUCGCUACGGCCCCCAUGUGGCCUAACACCUUCUGGAGCGCUGCGGAGGACGGCAUCAUCAGGUCAGAGCCCCUGUAGCUAGCUAACCAUUGGAGCAUCCAAAUAUGUUCAUUGGUUAAGGUGACACUGUGUCAGAUAAAUUGUCAGAUGCAUCAUGUUAUUUCUACUGGCUUGUAGUAGAAUGUCGAAGGUGAAAAGAUGACAUGAAACAGUAAGGUUGGAAUGGAAGUGUUAUGCCGUGGGCCCCUUCCUUACCUCAAGCCGUUCCCUACCAGUUCCUUGGCUCUCCCAGGGACUUCUCUGGGACUCUGUGGCCACAUGCCUCCAGCAGCACUUCCAUCACACACUGUCUUGGAGAUUAAUGUAUCUCCAGACAAUACCCUUUAAGUAUCCUUGAAAGCUCAGGUGUGCAGUUGGCAUUGUGGACUACUGCAGAUGCGUGGUUGGCUUCAGGCUAUGGUUCCCAUAGGGGGGUCAGCUCAGACACAGGUAGUGAAUGAUGGGGGGGGGCUUUAGUAUCCUACUGUCUCUACAGUACAUCACUGCCUGACUUUCCCCUGUACUUCACUGCCUGUCUGCCCCCUUGCUUAUGACUCAAAGGGCCAAUGUUGCAAUGAUGGCUUAUGUUUUUGUUUUUUGACUAACCCAAUCAGUAGUCUACAACCUCAAAAUAUGGCUCCCACGUACAGAGUAUAGUAGUUAGUUGUUUGUUUUUGAGCAAGCUGGCUUUGGACACAAAUUGCGGUUUUGCAACAACUUACAUGCAAUUUAAACCUUGCAAAAGUCUAGUAUUUGAUAGAAUUCAAAACAAACAAUAUUUUAAAGAGCUUAGCUCUGACUCUCUGGAGAUGAUUGAUGUCAUCAUGAUGUGCUUUCUUCUACUAAUACUUUAGGCAAUAUGACCUGAGGGAGAGCAGUAAGCGUUCGGAGGUGCUCAUCGACCUGACGGAAUACUGUGGUCAGCUGGUGGAGGCUAAGUGUUUGGCUGUCAACCCGCAAAAUAAUAACUACCUAGCAGUGGGCGCCAACGGGCCCUUUGUACGCCUCUACGACAUGCGCAUGAUCCACAACCACAGGUGAGGAGUAGACAGGCCCGAAUCCUAACUUGAGAUCGAUGUAUGUGACUCAAGUUUCCAUUGAAAUCAAUACAAUUACGUGAAAGUCCAAGUCAUCUCAAAUCUGAAGUUAGGAUUUAGCUCUCACUGCUUGACUGUCAAAUUUGAGUUUUUAAUUGAAUAGUUUUUAAAUGUCAUAUCUCAUAAGGAAUAUGCACGACUAUUGGAUAGAACGUUUAAUAUGUCUCCCUACUACUCUGGGCUAUCAUCAGUCAUACCAAUGUUCUUUUCUCAGCUUUGAGACUUUUUAUAUACACAGAUGGAGCAUGAUUUGGUAAUCAUUUAUGUUUCUCCACUCCCAUUCACAGGAAGUCUGCGAGUCAGAGCACAUCGGCAGGAGUGCACACAUUCUGCGACAGGCAGAAGCCCAUCCCAGACGGAGCGGGGCAGUAUUAUGUCGCAGGUGUGUGUGUGUGAUCGUAUGGUUUGGCUUAUUGCACAAAAUGUAUUAAUAAAAAACAGCUGUGAACACUUUCUAUGAAGCCCAUACAGUAUCUACAAUGCAUUAUAAACAGUAAAAAAACACAUGUUCAAUGUGUGAGUUAUAACGCAGUCAUUUGCAAUAUAUGGAAUUAAACUAGUGUGACAGGUAAAGUGAUUCUGUAUGCCUCUCACCCAACUUCUUCUCCUUAUUCCAUCACCUCAGGGCACCUGCCAGUGAAGCUCCCUGACUACAAUAACCGCCUGAGGGUCCUGGUGGCCACCUACGUCACCUUCAGCCCCGACGGCACCGAGCUGCUAGUUAACAUGGGAGGAGAACAGGUAAGGCUGCUUCCUAGAAGUGGAAACAUCCUAGAAUAGGAAACGUCCUAGAAGUUAAACUCUUAUUUCAGGUCAAACCUCCAGGUCAGCCCACUAGGCAAAAAUCCAUCUCUUUCUCAGAUUGUCAGGUUUGAAUUCCCAACAAGCAUACUACUUUAACUCUCAAACCAAAUCAUUCAAGUUGUUGAUUUACAUGUGGUUGGGUCAGAAGGGUAACUUUGCCGGGAAUAUAUUUUCUCUUGUCUGCAGGUGUAUCUAUUUGACUUGACGUUCAAACAGAAACCGUACACCUAUCUGCUUCCGAAAAAGUGCCAAUUAACAGGUAUUAUGACUAUGGAAAUAGCCCAAAGCUUACUACAGUAUUUGGCCAUUAAAAUGACAUGUACAGUAUGCAUUAUUUAUGACCAAUGAGUUAUAUGGAGGGGUGUAGUUGCUCGCUGAAGGUCUGCCCAUAGUUUAUAUACAGAUCUGGGCAUUAAAAAGUGAAUUCUUCAAAAUGCCUUGCAGCAGCAAUGUAUGUCAAGGUACAUUGUCAAUGUGACAAACUACUCUCUCGCAGGGUGACAACCACCAAGGUCAUUAUCAAUCACUUGACAAUAACCCAUGGAAUGAAAUGCAUUUUUGAAAAAUGUCCCUGACAGUGCAGUUACUUUGCGGCAAAUGUUCUUUACUGUGCUGCAGUACUUUGUAACUUUGUAAUGCCCAGAACUGUAUGGGGAUUUCUAAAAUCUUGAUAUCCCAACAGAUGUUCAGAAUGGAAAGACAACCAACGGUGUGUCAAAUGGAAUUCACUUGCCAGCCAGCCGACUUCGAUUCGCAGAAAGCAAAGUCUUCUCUGGGUAACCUUUUUCUCACGUUUGAUUUUAAUCGUUAAUUUUCACCCACAUAUUACAUUCAGCAACAGAUAGCUUAGCCCUAGUGUAUUUAUAGAAACACAACGCUAUGGGAGGUGACAUCCCUAGUUUCUCUCUUAUCACUCUCUCAUCUCGUCCUCCUCUCAUCUUUCUUCCCUAGUUCUGGUGAUCUGCCGCCUCACUUGGAGCGGAUAAAGCAGCAAGCCAACGACGCGUUUGCGCGGCAGCAGUGGACUCAGGCCAUCCAGCUGUACAGUCUGGGCAUCCACGAGGCCAGCCACAACGCCAUGCUGUACGGGAACCGUGCUGCCGCCUACAUGAAGCGCAAGUGGUAGGAGGCUUUUUCAAUCUUGACCCCUAGCUGACCCCUAGCCUCAUCUACUCUCCUUCUGUGUUUCUCCUAUUACAGAACAUGGUCAUGUUCAGUAGGGCAUACUGUAGCGAAAUUGAUGAGUUCAGGUAUAACGUCCCUGUUUCACCACGUUUAAAACGGUUUACCACUAUGCUGGUACACACAUUGUGUGUGUGACUGUGUGGUAUUUACAGUUGUGUGUGUGAUGUGUUCUCUCUCUCCCCCCAGGGACGGUGACCACUACGAUGCGCUGAGGGAUUGUCUGAAGGCCCUGUCCCUCAACCCUGGGCACCUGAAGGCCCACUUCCGGCUGGCGCGCUGCCUCUUUGAGCUGAAGUACGUGGCUGAGGCUCUGGAGUGCCUGGAUGACUUCAAGGGCAAGUUCCCCGAGCAAGCCCACAGCAGCGCCUGCGACGCCCUGGAUAAGGACAUCAAGGCCGCCCUCUUCUCCAAGAUGGACUCUGGUGAGAAGGGGUUAAAUGGUGAUGCUGGGUUGGGUAAUCAUUUCCCCCCACAAAUAAAGUGUGAUUUUGGCUGACCCUUUUCCAUCACCUUUCCCCACAUUGACUUACAAUAUGUUUUUUUAUGUGUUGAUAUGUUGCUUCAAUUCAAAAUACCUUAUGUAUACCACAAAGGCAAUUGUGCAAAUUAAUACAGUGUUAGUUAGUGUACGGAUUUGAUUUGAUAUAAUGCGUUGUUUUAUUUGUUUGUUUUUGUUUAUUUCCAUGUCGUGUCUGUUCAUAGCUGAGGACAAAAAGGGCAACAGCUCGAUCCGUUUCCACACGUUCAGCAGGAAGGAGCCCAUCCCGGAAGACGAGGUCGUGUUGAGAGAGCGCAGCUACGACUACAAACACCGCUACUGUGGUCAUUGCAACACCACCACAGACAUCAAGGAGGCCAACUUCUUUGGCAGGUCAGUGGAGCAUUUUAGACACUAAAACCACUCUAUAUGUUAAUAUUAGUUGUUGACAUGUAAAGAAAAGUAAAAAGCAUGCGCUGACGCACACAUUUUUUGUAGAGGUGCUGACUAACGUUAUGUUUACUAAUUCAAUUUUUGGGAACAUAUAUAAUAGUGUGCAACAUUAUUUUCAGCCCUUUUAAAAAAGAAACACAUGAUGCUGUUCUAUAGAAACUUCGCUGCCUCCUUAAGAACUUCAUAACGGAUUCAUGAGCAGUUCAUAAGUUAUCAAAUUGCGGUAGUUGACAUAAGAAUGAAAGAAUGCUCAUGUACUGCUUAUGAAUGCCUUGUUUUGAUCAAGAAUGCAUUAUGAAGUCCUUAUUUAAGUACCCUUCAAAUAAAAUGUUACCGAAAUGUCUCUGCCACCUGUGUGCCGUGUCAAACAAUGACAAGGUCUAACAGUUCUCUCGCUCGAAACAAAAAUAUAAACGCAACAUGUAAAGUGUUGGUCCUAUGUUUCAUGAGCUGAAAUAAAAGAUCCCAAAUUUGUUUACAUCCCUGUUAGUGAGCAUUUCUCCUUUGCCAAGAUAAUCCAUUCAUCUGACAGGUGUGGCAUAUCAAGAAGCUGAUUAAACAGGAUGAUCAUUGUGCUGUAAAAGGCUGCUCUAAAAUGUGCAGUUUUGUCACAACACAAUGCCACAGAUGUCUCAAGUUUUGAGGGAGCAUGCAAUUGGCAUGCUGACUGCAGGAAUGUCCACCAGAGCUGUUGCCUGAGAAUUGAAUGUUCAUUUCUCUACCAUAAGCCGCCUCACAGCCACAGACCACGGCUGCUGAUGUCAACGUUGUGAACAGAGUGGGACAACAUUCCACAGGCCACAAUCAACAGCCUGAUCAACUCUAUACGAAGGAGAUGUGUACCACUGCAUGAGGCAAAUGGUGGUCACACCAGAUACUGACUGUUUUUCUGAUCCACGCCCCUACUUUUUAAAAAAUGGAUCUGUGACCAACAGAUGCAUAUCUGUAUUCCCAGUCAUUUGAAAUCUAUAGAUAAGGGCCUCAUUUAUUUAUUUAAAUUGACUGAUUUUCCUUAUAUGAACUGUAACUCAGUAAAAUCUUUGAAAUAGUUACAUGUUGCGUUUUAUUUUUGUUUGGUGUAUAUAUAAUCUCUCGUCACCCCCCCAGUAAAGGCCAGUACAUUGUGAGCGGCUCCGACGACGGCUCCUUCUUCAUCUGGGAGAAGGAGACUGCUAACCUGGUGCGGAUCCUCCAGGGGGACGAAUCCAUAGUCAACUGCCUGCAGCCUCACCCCAGUUACUGCUUCCUGGCUACCAGCGGCAUCGACCCUGUGGUGCGGCUCUGGAACCCAAGGCCAGAGGUCAUUAACAACAUUAUUCAAUUAUAUUAAAUUAAAUUCAAAUAAUUUAAUUUCCCCCAUGAGCAAACUUAUUUUGUGUGGAAUGGUAGGCUACAUACAGCAAGAUACGGGAUGUAUAAAACACAUCAGCACCAAGGACACUAUAUACAGUGCCUUGCAAAAGUAUUCAUCCCCCUUGGCAUUUUUCCUAUUUUGUUGCAUUACAACUUGUAAUUUAAAUGGAUUUUUAUUUGGCUUUCAUGUAAUGGACAUACACAAAAUAGUCCAAAUUGGUGAAGUGAAAUGAAAAAAAUUACUUGUUUCAAAAAAGUCUAAAAUAUAAAUAAUGGAAAAGUGCUGUGUGCGUAUGUAUUCACCCCCUUUGCUAUGAAGCCCCUAAAUAAGAUCUGGUGCAACCAAUUACCUUCAGAAGUCACAUAAUUAGUUAAAUAAAGUCCAUCUGUUUGCAAUCUAAGUGUCACAUGAUCUCAGUAUAUAUAUACACCUGUUCUGAAAGGCCCCAGAGUCUGCAACACCACUAAGCAAGGGGCACCACCAAGCAAGCGGCACCAUGAAGACCAAGGAGCUCUCCAAACAGGUCAGCGACAAAGUUGUGGAGAAGUACAGAUCAGGGUUGGGUUAUAAAAAAAUAUCAGAAACUUUGAACAUCCCACGGAGCACCAUUAAAUCCAUUAUAAAAAAAUGGAAAGAAUAUGGCACCACAACAAACCUGCCAAGAGAGGGCCGCCCAACAAAACUCACGGACCAGGCAAGGAGGGCAUUAAUCAGAGGCAACAAAGAGACCAAAAAUAACCCUAAAGGAGCUGCAAAGCUCCACAGCGGAGAUUGGAGUAUCUGUCCAUAGGACCACUUUAAGCCGUACACUCCACAGAGCUGGGCUUUACGGAAGUGUGGCCAGAAAAAAGCCAUAGCUUAUUUUUUUCUUUAAGCAAACACGUUUGGUGUUCGCCAAAAGGCAUGUGGGAGACUCCCUAAACAUAUGGAAGAAGGCACUCUGGUCAGAUGAGACUAAAAUUGAGCUAUUUGGCCAUCAAGGAAAACGCUAUGUCUGGCGCAAACCCAACACCUCUCAUCACCCCGAGAACACCAUCCCCACAGUGAAGCAUGGUGGUGGCAGCAUCAUGCUGUGGGGAUGUUUUUCAUCGGCAGGGACUGGGAAACUGGUCAGAAUUGAAGGAAUGUUGGAUGGCGCUAAAUACAGGGAAAUUAUUGAGGGAAACCUGUUUCAGUCUUCCAGAGAUUUGAGACUGGGACGGAGGUUCACCUUCCAGCAGGACAAUGACCCUAAGCAUACUGCUAAAGCAACACUUGAGUGGUUUAAGGGGAAACAUUUCAAUGUUUUGGAAUGGCCUAGUCAAAGCCCAUACCUCAAUCCAAUUGAGAAUCUGUGGUAUGACUUAAAGAUUGCUGUACACCAGCAGAACCCAUCCAACUUGAAGGAGCUGGAGCAGUUUUGCCUUGAAGAAUGGGCAAAAAUCCCAGUGGCUAGAUGUGCCAAGCUUAUAGAGACAUACCCCAAGAGACUUGCAGCUGUAAUUGCUGCAAAAGGUGGCUCUACAAAGUAUUGACUUUGGGGGGGUGACUAGUAAUGCACGCUCAAGUUUUCUGUUUUCUUUGUCUUAUUUCUUGUUUGUUUCACAAUAAAAAAUAUUUUGGAUCCUCAAAGUGGUAGGCAUGUUGUGUAAAUCAAAUGAUACAAACCCCCCAAAAAAUCCAUUUUAAUUCCAGGAUGUAAGGCAACAAACAGGAAAAAUGCCAAGGGGGGUGAAUACUUUCGCAAGCCACUGUAUAGAGUAGAUGCAUUUAAAAAGCAAUCCAUUCAAUCACCAACAUGAUUGAUUCUUUGAUAGAAUGUAUUUGAUGAUAAAAAAAAUACAUUUACAGCCAAGAACUGCCAAUACAUGCAUUAAAAAUGAUCAAGGAUUGCGCAAUAAAUAAAUAAACACAAUAGUACAUCUGAUUAUUGGAUUGUCACAAUUAAGGCUGCACUAUGAUCUAUCCUUUCCUAUGGCCUCCUUUGUAGUAGUCUGAUGUAAAAAAGGCUGACUUUACAAUACACCAGAAGUAAACCCUUUUCUUACCUUUCUUUCUCUCCAUCCUUUUCCCUCCAUCAUCCAGACGGAGAGUGAGAGUGGGAACGGGCGCGUGGUGGAGGACAUGGAGGGCGCGGCUGCAGCCAACCAGCGGCGUAUGAACGCCGACCCCCUGGAGGUCAUGCUGCUCAACAUGGGUUACCGCAUCACGGGCCUCAGUGGCCGCGGGCCAGAGGGCUCAGACGAUGAGGACAGCUCAGACGGCCAGGUGCAGUGCCGGCCCAGCUAGACUAGCAGGCCCAACACCACAUACAGUAUGGAGGCAGCAGGACGCAAGGCACUCCUCCCCUACCCCCUCCCAAACCCUGAGGCUGUCUGUGUGUACGUCUGUGUGUGUGUCUGUGAGGAGGGGAAAAAAGCACCAUAGAUAUUCCGUUUGUCAAUGUUUCAUUCACCCCUCUAAAGCGAAGGCAACAUCGAGUGAAUGUCAUGUCACAGCUCUGCGCUAUGCACCGCCCUCCUCCUUCACAUCCCGAGACAGGAUUGGAGGAAACCAGUUUGGCGAGGGGAUUCCACAGGGGUGACAACAACGACCUUUCACCCCUUUAAGAACACCAACGACAUCACCUCGGCCUCUCCCUCCGUUGCUCCAUGCCUGGGGGUACUGGGCCUAUACGGUAAAGAAGAGGAGAGCACUCCAUCACUCCCCAAUCUCUCACUAUGAGCUAGGAGUCAACCACUUCGAAACCCUCUUCAAGAAGGAGCACGUUGGAGGGAAACACUACAAGCAGAAGCCCCAGGCCUCUGGUAGUGUAGCCUGCAGACGGCUCAGAGGUUAGAGGUCAAAGCGAGGCCCCAAUAGUCAGUGUCCUCAUUGGAGGAUGAGACUUGAGGCCACAGGAAGUUGCUUUGUUUCAUCUCUAGUGGGCUUUUCAAAUGGAGUAUAAGAGGUCACUCUCAGCCCCUCUCCAGCUCUGAAAGUCUCUACCUAAAGUUUUCGAUUUACAAUCAUUUUUUAAAGUCGUUGGAAUAUUGGUCAACAGGAAGAGAGCACAAGAAGUCUUGCCUUUAAGUGUUACCCAGUCUUGAAGUGUUUCUCCAACUCAAAUUAAAUGUGUUGAUAGGAUUGUGCACCUUGUUUCUUUUAAACACGGUUUGGCAAAAAAACAAGUUUUUCUCUUGUUCGAUUUUUCAUUUGUUAAAAGUUUUGAAAGUAAAAAUGGCCAAGGAUUCAUGUUGCAUUUGCUUUGUCUGUUAUCGUUGAGAAGUUAUUCAUGUGGCUAUAUAUGCCUAUUUUAUUGACAGGUAUGCAAAAUGUUUCCCUUUUACUUUUAUUAUGUAGGUUAAGACAAAGCUGUCAAACUGAAGCAGUAGCUCCUCACAUUUUCUCCAACACUUAGACAUUUGCUCCUCUGUCAUUUGUUGAUAACGAUGUAGAGACAGAUAAUUCUAAAGGAGGGUUGUGGGGUUAAGUUUAGGGGGUUUGAUUUCAUUGAUAGUCAGGUGUUGAUUGGUCUGGAAAAUCUGUCGAACUUUGUUGUACUAAGGUUGCAAAAUUCUGGUAAUUUCCACAAAAUUCCCAGUUUUUCCAGAAAUCCCGGUUGGUAGAUUACCGGGAUCCGGAUGGAAAUAAGCAUGAAAUCGGGAAUCUUCCAACCAGCAUUUCUGGGAA